AUGGAGCAGAUAAACACAGGGCAAGGCACCCAGAGAAGGAGACUGGGGGCCUGCUGCUGGAAGGUAACCGCUGCUGCUGCUGUGGUGGGCAGUGCAACAGCCCUCUGCCUGGGGAUCCUGCUCGCCUGUCAUUCCACAGGAGAGGCCAGCUUUGAGCACACAGUGGAGCUGAAAGGAAUCACAUUCAACAGCAGCUUACAGAUGGAGAACUCAGACUACUAUAGGGUGCUGACACCUGCUCUUGAAAGACUGUUUCUAUCCAGUCUCCAGGACUCCCAGCUGAACUGGAGUUGCACUGGUUGCACUAUCCUGGGCUACAGUAGGAAUGGAAAUUCCGGUGUGAUCGUCCAUUUCCGCCUGCUCUUCACUCCCCAGGAUUCCCAACCCCUGAGCUCUAUCUUGGAGGAGGAAGCUCUGAGGCAUGGGCUGGCAGCUGCCCUGCACAAGCAAGCUUUCUCCCUGGCUGCCUAUGGGACCAUCUCCUCAGCUUCUCUCACAGGUCCCAACAAGGUUUCUUCCCACAGACCUGGACUGAAAUCAGACUGUGGGAGUCGCCCUGCCAUGCAGACUGCCAGCAGGAUAGUUGGAGGCUCAGAGGCGUCCAGAGGGGAGUUCCCGUGGCAAGUCAGCCUACGAGAGAACAAUGAGCACUUCUGCGGGGCUGCGAUCCUCACAGAGAAGUGGCUGGUGUCUGCUGCUCACUGCUUUACUGAGUUUCAGGACCCAGCCAUGUGGGCAGCUUACACUGGGACCACAUCCCUCAGAGGCUCUGACAGCAGUGCAGUGAAAAUGGACAUUUCACGGAUCAUCCCACACCCCUCUUACAAUGCUGACACAGCUGACUAUGAUGUGGCUGUGCUGGAGCUGAAGAGACCUGUGACUUUCACUAAGUACAUCCAGCCCGUGUGCCUGCCAGAUGCUGGCCAUCACUUCCCUACCAGCAAGAAGUGCCUUAUUUCUGGCUGGGGCUACCUCAAGGAGGAUUUCUUGGUGAAACCUGACUUCCUGCAGAAAGCAACAGUGGAGCUUCUAGACCAAAACCUAUGUUCCAGUCUCUACAGCCAUGUCCUCACAGACAGAAUGAUGUGUGCUGGCUACCUGGAGGGGAAAGUUGACUCCUGCCAGGGUGACUCUGGUGGGCCCCUGGUUUGCCAAGAACCAUCUGGCAGAUUCUUCCUGGCGGGAAUUGUGAGUUGGGGUAUUGGAUGUGCUGAAGCCAGGCGCCCUGGGGUUUACACACGUGUUACCAAACUCAGAGACUGGAUCUUGGAUGCUAUUUCUGCCUUCCCUACCUCCAUAGCCUAUACUGUUCCUCCAGUACACUUCAGGACUAACAGUAACAUGGUCAGUGCUGAAGAGGUCAACACCACCACUGGAGCAACUCCCACCACCUCACCAGCCCCAGCUGCCAGCAGGCCAGUGACUGCAGCAAGACCACAAGAGUGUGGAGGACAGCCUGGGUUCUCUACACCCAGCAAGAUUGUGGGAGGAACAGAUGCUUCCAGAGGAGAGAUCCCUUGGCAAGUCAGCCUGAAAGAAGAUUCAAGACAUUUCUGUGGAGCCACCAUCAUUGGGGACCGCUGGCUGCUGUCAGCAGCUCACUGCUUCAAUGAGACAAUGCCAGAAGAGAUCGAAGCCUAUGUGGGAACAACAUCCCUAAAUGGAACAGAUGAGAAUGCAGUGAAAGUCAGUGUAAAAAGAGUGGUCCCACAUCCCCUCUUCAACCCCAUGAUUCUGGACUUCGAUGUGGCUGUACUUGAACUGGCAAGACCUCUUGUCUUCAACAAAUACAUACAGCCAGUGUGCCUCCCACUUGCUGUGCAGAAGUUUCCUGUUGGCAAGAAAUGCCUCAUUUCUGGAUGGGGUGACCUGCAGGAAGGGAACGACACCAAGCCCAAGAUCCUGCAGAAAGCCUCUGUGGGCAUCAUAGAACAGAACACCUGCAACUUCCUCUACAACUUCUCCCUCACUGACCGAAUGAUCUGUGCUGGCUUCAUGGAGGGGAUGGUAGACUCAUGUCAGGGAGAUUCAGGUGGGCCCUUGGCCUGUGAGGUGACCCCGGGAGUGUUUUACCUUGCCGGCAUCGUGAGCUGGGGAUUUGGCUGUGCCCAGGCUAUGAGACCUGGUGUGUACUCCAGAAUUACCAAAUUCACAGACUGGAUCCUGGACACCAUCUCCCAGUUGCCCAGUGAUGGCACAAGCACACCUUCCAGUUCAGCCAUCCCUAGAACUUCUGCCAUGGCCAUUUUUAUCCAGCCCAGCACAAUGGCUGCAAGUCCAACCAGCAGAACCACCCUGGAGACAAAGAUGAACAGAACCAUGAAUGAAACUUCCACAGCUCUGAGAACAACUGAGACUGAGAAGCCUACCCAAACCCCAGUGGUGCCUUGUACCAGCCUCACUUUCAAGUGUUCCAGCAAGGUCUGUAUUGGAAAAGAAAAUCCUGAAUGUGAUGGUGUUGUGGACUGCAGCAAUGGUUUCGAUGAGCGCAACUGUGACUGUGGCCUAACAACUGCUCUGGCCUUCAGCAAGAUUGUGGGUGGUAGCAGCGCAGCCCAAGGAGAAUGGCCCUGGCAAGUCAGUCUGUGGCUUCGGCGGAAGGAGCACAAGUGUGGGGCUGUUCUCAUUGCUGACCGGUGGCUGCUCUCUGCAGCUCACUGCUUUGACAUUUACAGUGACCCCAAAAUGUGGGUGGCCUUUCUAGGAACACCCUUCCUGAGUGGCAUCAAUGGCAAAAUGGAGAAAAUAUUCCGUAUCUACAAACACCCUUUUUACAACGUCUACAGCCUAGACUAUGAUGUGGCACUACUGGAACUGAGCACACCUGUCAAGUUCAGCAGCACCAUCAGACCAAUAUGUCUCCCAGACAAUUCUCACAUCUUCCAUGAAGGGGCCAGAUGCUUCAUCACAGGCUGGGGCUCCACAAAGGAAGGAGGUCUCAUGUCAAAGCAUCUGCAAAAAGCGGCAGUGAACAUGAUUGGAGACCAGGCUUGCAAAAAGUUUUACCCUGUCCAGAUCAGCAGCAGGAUGCUGUGUGCUGGUUUCCCACAGGGCACCGUCGACAGCUGUUCAGGUGAUGCAGGUGGGCCCCUGGCAUGUAAAGAACCUUCAGGGAAGUGGUUUCUAGCAGGAAUCACAAGCUGGGGCUAUGGCUGUGCCAGGCCAUAUUUUCCUGGCGUCUACACCAAAGUCACAGCUGUCCAGGGCUGGAUUGUACAGAACCUGAAGCUCUGAAACUACAUUUCACCACUCAGGGAAGGCGAUGAAUGAGAGGAAUAACUGCCAGAGGAUGCACUAACCGCUCAGCUACUGUACAUGUACUGUACUGUCCUGAUGUUGCAAAGGGGUGAAGAUGGCCUUGCAGGUAUUAAGCAAAUGGCAGUGUUGUGUGACCUGCUGGUUGU